UGUGUGUGUGUGUGUGUGUGUGUGUGUGUGUGUGUGUGUUAAGGAGAGUUUUAUGUGUGUGCACGGUGCUGUGUGUUUUUCUAAGUGGAGCUGAAGUGCAGCCGUUCAUCAGUGGAGCUGACUGCAGUCAGGGGAAUACUCACAUCUCACUGCGCUGCUUUUUAACUUCCAGCUGCUUAUUGGACUUUUUUUUACAGACUUGUUGAACUUUUCUUUUGCACCACACUGGGACUUCACUGCUGCUCUUGUUGCCCCUCCAGGCACCAUUCCCCUCACUGGAAUUACGGAUAUUUCAUUUCCCACUUAUUCUUGCAGGAAUUCAUACAAAUUUUGAAUUUUGUUUUAUGCUUCUUUUCAAUUUUUUUAAAUUGGCUUUUUUUUAUUCAAAUCUGUGAUUCUAUAACUUUUUUUUUAAUUCAGACAUUUUAAUUCCGUAAACUUGAUAAUAUGGAAACAAAUAACAAGGAUUUCUCUGUGUGCAGGCGUGCAUAGAUAGAAGUUCUGUCUCAUGUGGGGUGAUUUUAUUAUUAUUUCGAAUUCACUUGGAAAAAACAAUGAGGAAUUAAAAAGCCAAAGUGGAGUUACACAUUGGAAACCAUCAGUUCUGUCAAACGGAUGCUGGGCUCAGGUGGAUUCUGAUCCCAACCUGGAACAUUCUGAACUCUGAGAGCAGGUGGGAAGGCUUCUCUGCCCAUGUGGAAUGUUUGUGUCCUGCCGUGGAUGUGAGAGGUGAACUGUGACGUCCUUCACGAGAGGACCAGUGGAUGGAUUGAGAAAACUCUCCAACAGAAAAUAGAGCUUUUUUUUUUUACUCUGACCAAGAAUUACAAAGGAAGGCUGGGAAAGAUGCAAAGCUUUUUCCAAAUCUCCUAAAAUCCAGGAGGACUGCUUCUAUCCAAAUAAAAACAUCAGUUUUGUAUAAGUGUGACAAAGAACUGGGACUUAACCCUGCUGUUGGACACCCAAAGUCUCAAAACUACAAACUGGUGCCAAAAUGAUGACCAUGAUGAUGAUGAUGAUGGUCACCUGCAGCUCUCUGUUGCUGCUCGGAAUGGCUGCUGCCCAUUCCUCCUCCAGCACUGUGACCCGUACUUCCUCUUCAUCCUCCUCCUCCUCCUCCUCCUCCUCGUCACCACGCAUGAAGCUUUCAUACAAAGAACUACAGCAGUUUCAUGGAGUCCGGCGUUUCGACCUGGAGCGUUCCUGCUGCUUCAGCGCCAUGCUGCUGGAUGAAGAGAGGGGCCGACUCUUUGUGGGGGCCAAGAACUUCUUGCUGUCACUCUCACUGGACAACAUCGCUAAGCAAGAACACAAGAUCUACUGGCCCGCCCCCGUCGACUGGAGAGAGGAGUGUAACUGGGCUGGCAAGGACAUCACUUCGGACUGUGUGAACUAUGUGAAGAUUGUGCACCACUAUAACCGCACCCACCUAUACGCCUGUGGAACUGGGGCCUUUCAUCCUACUUGUGCCUUUGUGGAGGUGGGCAACAAAAUGGAGGACCACGUGUUCAGGAUCGACCCCUCUAAAGUGGAGGAUGGGAAAGGAAAGAGUCCAUAUGAUCCUCGGCAUAAUGCUGCGUCUGUGCUCAUCGGUGAUGAACUAUACGCAGGUGUUGCCACAGAUUUAAUGGGACGGGACUUCACUAUCUUCAGGAGUCUGGGGAAACGUCCUUCGAUUCGUACUGAACAACAUGACUCACGUUGGCUCAACGAACCAAAGUUUGUUGGCUCCUUUUGGGUCCCUGAGAGUGAAAAUCCUGAUGACGACAAGGUCUUCUUCUUCUUCCGGGAAACCGCGGUCGAGGCUCAGGGUCUGGGAAAGUCCACAUACUCCCGGAUUGGACAGUUGUGCAGGAAUGAUAUGGGAGGUCAGCGAAGUCUGGUGAACAAGUGGACCACAUUUCUCAAAACUCGACUAAUUUGCUCGGUACCAGGAGCGGAUGGCAGCGAUACAUACUUUGAUGAGCUACGCGAUGUGUUCCUGCUGCAGACCCGGGACAGAAAGAACCCUCUGGUGUACACGGUCUUCUCUACUUCCAGCAGCAGUGUCUUUAAAGGCUCAGCAGUGUGUCUUUACUCCAUGAAUGACAUCCGGAGGGCCUUCCUGGGGCCUUUUGCUCACAAAGAGGGGCCCAACUACCAGUGGGUCCCCUUCCAGGGAAAAGUACCCUAUCCCCGACCAGGAAUGUGUCCCAGCAAGACGUUUGGCAGCUUUGAGUCCACAAAGGGUUUCCCAGAUGAUGUGAUCCAGUUUGCACGUCACCACCCUCUGAUGUACAACCCCAUCUACCCCAUGGGCCGACGACCCGUCUUUGUUAGAACCAACGUGGAUUACAGCUUCACACAGAUCGCUGUGGACAGAGUCAACGCUGCAGAUGGACAGUAUGACGUCAUGUUCAUUGGCACAGACAAAGGGACGGUGCUGAAGGUGAUCAGUGUUCCCAAAGAGAGCUGGAACAAUAUGGAAGAACUUUUGCUAGAAGAGCUGGAAGUCUUCAAAGAUGCCUCAUCUGUCAUCAACAUGCAGAUAUCCUCCAAACGUCAACAGCUCUAUGUCGGCUCGGACACGGGCAUCGCUCAGGUCCCUCUUCAUCGCUGCAACGUUUACGGGAAGGCUUGCGCCGAGUGUUGCCUGGCCCGAGACCCAUACUGCGCCUGGGACGGAACGUCCUGUACUCGAUACCUGCCAAACACAAAAAGGCGUUUUCGUCGGCAGGAUGUGAGGAAUGGAGAUCCCAACACCCUUUGCUCUGGAGACCACCACAAGCACCGUGUUGCAGAGCGGAAACUGUAUGGUGUUGAGGGUAGCAGCACUUUCCUGGAGUGUAUCCCCAAAUCCCUUCAGGCCAAAGUCACCUGGACCUAUCAGAAACAUCCUCAAAACCCACGUGAAGAGGUACGUCUUGAUGAACGCCUCCUCCAGACAGACAGAGGCCUCCUAGUUCGCCGAGUCCUAAAGCGAGACAACGGAGUCUACCAGUGCCACGCUAUGGAGCAUGGAUUCACCCAAACAUUACUGGGCAUCACGUUAGAAGUCGUACCUUCAUCAUCGUCCUCCAUCUCCAAUCUGCCCUCUGAUUCCCCUGUCCGAUUGGAUCCCCGCAGCGGAGGCGGUUCCUCAGGAACCAAUCAAAAGCUCUGGUACCGGGACUUCAUGCAGCUGGUGGACCACCCAAACCUCAGCACCGUUGACCAGAUUUGUGAGCAAGUAUGGGCACGAAAGAAUGCUGACAGUGACCAGGGGGCUAAGAUUUACCCUGCUGCAAGAAAGGACGUGCUGCCUCUGGGUUCCGCUGUCCGGCCAGCGAAUAAGAAGUGGAAGCACCUCCAGGAGAUCAGAAAGGGGAGAAACCGCAGGACCCACGAUGGGAAACCAAACCCUCGGGCGCCGCGCAGUGCAGGGGAGUAACGAUGUGGAGAGAGAAAAGAGUGAAGGAGGAGAAGAGACUGAGAGACCAAGAACUCAUGGAGGUGUUCACACAUACAGACACACACACCCACACACACACAUACACAGUACCUCCUGUAUUGGAUGCCACCACUACAAGGUCCACUGUUUCCUGAGUCCCCAUCCCUCUGACCAGCUCCUGCAUGUGCUGCCUUACAGCCCAAACCGAUUCUGCACGACUUCCUUACACCAUUUCACUAGAAUAGUAGAAGCAAACACUCGGGAAACUUUACCCAUUUAAAGACAGCUGCAAAACUUACAUGCUUAGUGGGUCACCUUUUUUUCCAAGACUACACCAAUCCAAAACAGUCCCCAAAAGUUUGGACGUGAAAGAUGUUGAUAUUUGAAGAUUUUACACCAGCGUGGCAGACUCAAGAGAGAUAUGACAACUGGAACAUGUUAAUACGGUAUGGUCUCUAACUGGAAUAAAAAACAUGAAUAAAACUACGACUAUUUAUGUUUAAUCGUACCUAGCUGCACGAAAACCUUUUGGAAAACCUGGUUCAUUGAUGAUCAGAUCAACUUCCCAUGGCACACAUUUCCAAUAAUGCCACUUUUCACGUGUUGUUGAUGUGGAUUACACGAUUCAGUCAUAAAUAGAAGCCAGCACCUGUGGAUCAGUAUGUUGCAAAACAUAAUUGGUUUGUAAGAUCUAAAGCGAUUUCCUUAAAGGCACAUCAAGGCAUGGCGCAAGAACAAAAUCAUUUCCAACAAUGUUUGUGAUCAUAGUUAAAUAGUCUGAUUUCAUUAUGUUUAUUUACUGGUUAAAACCACUAAUGAGUGAUUAGUGGAACAUGUACUUGCAUUCCACGAUACAAGUAAGCAUAAAAGUUUACAGUAUAAGGUCAAAUCCAGGAAAAACACAAAUAUGUAUAAAUGAAACCAAAUUGAAAGACCUCAAACUAUAUGACAGUUCGAUGGGGAAUCUGCUUUUUUUAAAAAAAAAAAAAAAAGCUUUGACAUGAUCUAAAACUAUAGUUCUAAAAAAAGCCUAAAAUUUGCAAUGUCCAUUAUUUUGUGCAUUGAUAUGGAGAAAUCAUGAGGGUGUACACAUUAUUAAAGUAAGCAGGAUCAGGAGGAAGAGGAAAGAGUAUGACAACCUAUGUUUCUGGGCUAGAGUACAGUAUAUAUAUAUAAAUUAGCAUGAUAUUUAUGAGUGAGACUGUUCUUUUUUUGUAUUCAAAAGCGUACUUCGUUUUAUUUUUCUGUUCUUGCAUAAAGUGUUUGUGAUAAAUAAAUAUGCAAGUGAUAUGAAGUGUGUGACUUGGGACUCUUCGUUCAGCACAGUUAAAUGCUGCACCUCUGUGCCACCCACAGUGCAUUUCCACAUUUGCAAAAAGGAAAGAAAAAAAAUAAAUCUCAAACACUGUUGUAAUCACUCUUUGUAUAGUGUUACAAUCAUUUAGAUCAUUGACUUUUGCUGCUUAGGGAUUUCAUCUCUACAAAGUGUACAGUUAGAACUAUAAGGUCUUCCUUUUCUAUGUCUUAUUUUGCUCUCUGUAAAGAAACCUUGUUGGUUGUCUAACAUGAUGUGUUUAGUCUGCCCCCUAGUGUUUAAUGUUUGUACGGGCUUGAAUACCGAGCCUAUCUGUGGUACGAUACUUUAAUAUAUCAUAGUCUGUCUGCACAAAACAAAAAAAAAAAAAAACUGGUGGGUCUAUUAAAUGUGCAUUUAUGUUUUGCAGUCAUGAUGUUUGCGUAUGACUUUUAUGUUGAAUAUAUUAUCCAUUUUGUGCUGCUCCUCCAGUUUCAUGGUUUAAAGAUAAUCAGUGCAUUUAAGAAUUCAGAGACCCCAGCUGAAAGAAAGGCAGCACAAACUGGUUUUAUGUGUGGACUUUAGAUGUAUAAUAUCAUUGUCAUUGUUAUUUAUAUACCUUCUUUAUAGAUGUCUAAUUAACUUUUUGAACUAAACUGAAGUUUAUUGUCUGACUGAAGGGACACUUUACAUUUUAACAUCACAAAAAA